AUGAACCAAGGGCACGAAGACAUCAGGGCCUCAACCACAGUAUACGGGAAAGAUGCUAACUCCAUGACGACGCAUGCAGUGACCCCUCCAGAACAGGACUUAAAAACCAAGUCUUCCCGAACGGAUACACCAACCACCCCUUCAGGGGAACACGGGCUCCUCCCGGAACAAUCAACCAGCAGGCCAAAUCAGAGCGGAGCAGAGGUGGAUGCAACCAUGUCAAGUAGCGAGGGGGAAGGGGCCAGAAAAUCACGCCCCGGUGAAAUGGGCACAGGGAACCCCCCCCGAAUCGCCGGCGCAGGAUUAGCCCAUAAGGCCACCCUCAACCCCCCAUCUGAGGAGGAGAUCAGGGAGGGAGAUCAAGUGUCCCAUACCACUAUUGAGGCAACAGGCCAACCAAGUAACCAAACAAACGUGGGAGGUCUCCUUGGGGCGGUAAUAGGGGGUAUAUUAGCCGUGGCAAGUGUCUAUGGUAUAUAUCGUGUCUAUUUUCGGCACAUGCACCGCAGGUCAGGAGGGGGGAUCGUUGCUCGUGGUGGUGAACUGUAUAUCAAGUAUGAGAGCACCCAACCAGAAGCUCCCCCAAGAGAACGCAAACCUCCAAUAAGAUUGAAGCAAAAUAGCAGGAGCCUAGGCCGCCCCCUGCAGACGGCCUUUGCCACGUCGAGUGAGCUCUGA